CUUCUUUGACAGCCCAUGAUCAAAGAGCUUAUUCGCAUCGGAUCCCAAUUCAUUGGGUACCGUGAGUAUGCCAGCAGAACUGAAGAGAAACUUGCAGAGGCCAACAAGCUUGCCGACACUCUUGCUCAAAAACUGGAGCAAAGUGAAGCGGCCCGCAAGAAAGCCGAACUUGUUGCUAGCGAAGCCAAAGCAGAGGCUAAUGAAGCCAAGGCAAAAGCUGCUAGUGUCGAGGAACUGCAGAAGAGACUUGAGGAUACUGAAACUGCUUUAAACGAGCACAAAGCCGCACAGGCUACUCGUGAAAAGGGGAUCCUCAAGCGCCUGAAUUCGCAAAAUCGGCACUUCCAAGGUAAAGAUCUAGAAGGUCGUAUGGGAAAGAUACCCUUCAUUCCUGAUGGCAGUGACAGAACAAUCAGCGAUGAUGCCCCGGAAGAAAAAUCUGUUAUGGUUUACAUGCUGUAG